AUGGCAGCCUCUUUUUACUGUCUGGGGCGUCAUGAAGAGGCCGAGCACUACUGGAUUCGUGCGAUACAACAAAGGCCCAGCUACCUAGAAGCUGUUGAACACCUGGUCGGACUUCUUUACAAGAAACGCAGUGAAGAAGCCAUUGAUAUCAUCUGCUAUGUUCAAAAGGCGCUCGGAGCUGUUGGUCAGCCUGCGCUAGCAGGCCUCGCUUCUCGUGGGGAAGCUUCAGAUGAUCACAAAUCCAACUCUCGGAUCGUCGGUGGGCAGUCGAUGAGUUUACAGAGCGUAUUUGACCUAUCGUCUGGGGGCUAUGGCUCGAGCGGAUACACUCUAGAUGGAAGUGAAAACGGUCGUAUUCUUGCGUUGAUCCACGCAAAAGGCACCAUGCUCUACGGCUUGAAAGAUGUAGAUGGCGCUGCUCGGGCAUUCGAAGAAGCUGUAUUGAUCAGCGUCGGCCGAAAUACCAAGGGAGUUCGCGAGCUUGUUCGUGGCAUUCAAAACUCCCUUUCCCGGGUGGCGCCUUCUGCACCUGCUGGGCAACCACUUUUACUCGCCCCCGACAAGGCUCGCCAUGCCGCUCGCCUUCUAUUUGGUGGCGAUGGCGAGCUUCCUGGACUACGAUGGGUGAAUGAUCCUACUCCUAGGAGAGCUGCAGUUCAAACUACAAGUAACUCACUCCUGUCCUUGGCGAAGAUAUUUCAAGACUCUAUGGCAGGUGGUUCAUCGAACUCUACACUAGCGCGACCGUCCUCUGGCGUUGGCGAUAUCCUAGCGCUCUAUUACCUCUCACUAUCCCUUCAAGAAAGCCCAUCGACCGCCAACAAUGUAGGCAUCCUCCUUGCUGGCAUACCUCAAACAAAUUCAAAUCCAGUUAUUGACAGUACAUCGCCAUCGCAUGUCCAAACUGGCAUCCCAGGCAUACUUCCCGGGAGCGGCUUGGCUCUGGCCCUUGCCUACUACAACUAUGGUCUUCGCCUAGAUCCGAAGCACGUCCAUCUGCAUACCAAUCUUGGCAGCUUACUAAAGGAUGUUGGCCAACUCGAUCUCGCGAUUCAAAUGUAUCAGCGUGCCGUUGUCUGCGAUGGAACUUUUGACAUUGCAUUAACAAAUCUUGCCAACGCUGUCAAAGACAAAGGUCGGAUAAGUGAGGCUAUUGGCUACUACCGUCGCGCUGUAGCCGCUAAUCCAGGGAUGCAAUCAGUUUUUGGAUUUCACGAUACGGGACGAGUACGGGCUUUUUGCUACGCAACAACGCCUAGUGACAAGUCAAGCUACCGUGCGCAGAUCGAGAAGGAAGCCCCUGUUUUCAGGGAUGUCAGCAGCUGGACUCCUGAGCGCUUGAUAAAGCAGAUCAGCUAUGAUGGUAUCCAUAUUCUCGUAAACCUCAAUGGCUAUACUCGCGGUGCUAGGAACGAGAUAUUUGCUGCUCGGCCAGCUCCAAUUCAAAUGUCCUUUAUGGGCUUCGCAGGCACUCUCGGAGCCGAAUGGUGCGACUAUAUUCUUGCAGACACUACUGCUAUACCAUCGAGUACCUUGCGCCCAUGGCGUCAGAAUACAACCUUGGAGGACGUUUUUCACGAUGAAACCGAGGCCGACGCUGGCGAAUGGAUAUACACGGAAAAUAUCAUAUUCUGUCGCGAUACGUUUUUCUGCUGCGACCAUGCGCAAUCAUCGCCCUCAAUAGAAAGGAAUAUGACUUGGUCCGAUGAACAAAAUCGGCGAUGGACAAUGCGAAAGGAACUUUUCCCCGAUUUGCAAGAUGACACAGUUAUAUUGGCGAAUUUCAAUCAACUUUACAAGAUUGACCCAAGCACGUUUAGGUCAUGGCUCAGGAUCCUGGCACAAGUACCAAAAGCGAUACUUUGGCUUCUUCGGUUUCCAGAGGCGGGCGAGGCAAACUUGCGGCGGACGGCAGAGCUAUGGGCAGGCCCUGAGGUGGCAAGCCGCCUGGUAUUUACCGAUGUUGCUCAGAAGAGCCAGCACAUCUCGCGUGCCCGGGUCUGCGACCUGUUCCUUGACACUCCGGAGUGCAAUGCCCACACUACUGCAGCGGAUGUGCUGUGGUCUAGCACACCGCUGCUCACCUAUCCUCGCUACCCGUAUAAGAUGUGCGCGCGAAUGGCGGCUUCCAUUUUGAAAGGGGCAUUGCCGAGAACACCGGAGGGUCAACGCGUUGCAGGUGAACUGAUUGCAACGUCUGAGAAGAUGUACGAGAAAUCGGCCAUUGAAUUAGCUGUCGGGCUAUCAUACUCGCGUGCAGCUUCCGGCGAAGUUGGGGGCAGUGGCCGACUGGCAGAUAUGCGUAAACUGCUGUGGCAUAACAAAUGGACAUGCGGGCUUUUUGAUACCCGCCGCUGGGUUCGAGACGUUGAAACUGCGUACGAAGAGGCUUGGAAGCGCUGGGAGAGCGGAGAGGGAGGUGAUAUCUAUCUAUAG